AUGGCACCAUCAGCACGAUAUGAGUCUGCGGACAUUGACCCUGCGCCCCUUGGGCAGCCGCUGAAGUUUGGGUUUUCUGGAAAGACCGCCCCCAACCGCUUCCUCAAGGCUGCUAUGACCGAGCGUAUCUCGUCUUGGGAUCCAGAAAGUUUCGAGAAGCGCGGCAUACCAUCCAAGAACCUCAUCAACGUCUACCGAAGAUGGGGUGAGGGUGCACUCGGUGUGAUCCUAACAGGCAACAUCAUGAUUGAGCCCGAUCAGCUGGAGGCUGCUGGCAACCCGAUCAUCCCGAGGACAGCACCCUUUGAGGGCGAGCGAUUUGAGGCUUUCAAGGAGCUGGCAGCGGAGUCGAAGAAGCACGGCUGCUUGGUCGUUGGACAGGUCAGCCAUCCCGGACGGCAGGUCGAGGACCGGAUACAGAAGAACCCGGUCUCAGCCAGUGAUGUUCAGUUGGAGGGCAACAUCAUGGGCAUGCAUUUUGCAAAGCCGCACGCCGCGACUGACGAAGAGAUUGAGCGCAUCAUCGACGGUUUCGCGCACGCAGCUGAAUACCUCGAGAAGGCCGGCUACGAUGGCAUCGAACUUCACGGUGCCCACGGCUACCUCCUCGCGCAGUUUCUCUCUCCCACAACAAACAAGCGGACUGACAAGUACGGCGGCUCCCUCCAGAACCGAGCCCGUCUUAUCCUAGACAUCGCUCGCGAGAUCCGCAAGCGUGUCCAGCCCGACUUCAUCGUUUCCAUUAAGCUCAACUCUGUCGAGUUCCAGGACAAGGGCUUCAACCCGGAUGAAGCACGUGAGCUCUGCGCCCUGCUCGAAGAGAACCGCUUCGACUUCGUCGAGCUGUCUGGAGGAACCUACGAGCACCUUGCCUUCAAGCACGAGCGCGACUCGACGAGGAAGCGGGAGGCUUUCUUCCUUGAGUUCGCGGACAUGAUCGCUCCUGCAUUGAAGAAGACGAAGACGUACGUCACUGGCGGUUUCAAGACUGUCGGCGCGAUGGUUAAAGCUCUUGAAGUGGUCGAUGGCAUUGGUCUCGGACGACCGGUAACCCAGGAGUUCCAUCUCUGCAAGGACAUCCUUGAAGGGAAGGUCAAGGGCGCGAUCAAGCAGAAGAUUGACCAGGACAACUUCGGCCUGACGAACGUUGCGGCUGGCACGCAGAUCCGGCAGGUCGGCAAGGACCAGGAGCCGAUUGAUCUGAGCCAGAGUGAGGCCGUGCAGGCUUUCAUGAAGGACAUGGGUGCUUGGGCCGAGAAGAUGGGCAAGGACUCAGCCAUGCAGAACUAUGGCUAUGUGGACAUCAUGAGUGCUGCGCCUGUGCCGUAUGGUACCGCAUCUGCAUGA